AUACUGCAGUCGUUUGAAAGAUGGCGGCGCACACGCAAAAGAACAACAAGCCGGGGAAAGCGUCGGGGAAAGAGGCCCAGCCUCUGAUAAUCGCCAAAACCCCGGCGGAGGAGCAGCGUCUGAAGCUGGAGAGGUUGAUGCGGAACCCGGACAAGCUCGCUCCGAUCCCAGACCGACUCAAAGAAUGGAACCCGCGGGCUCCGCCGGAGUUCGUCCGGGACGUGAUGGGCUCCAGCGCCGGCGCGGGAAGCGGCGAGUUCCACGUUUACCGGCACCUCCGCCGCAGAGAGUACCAGAGACAGGACUUCCUGGACAAGGUGGCGGACAAGAUGGACAAGGACGUGGAGUAUCUGGACAAGGUGGAGCAGAACAAGCAGGCGGCCGACGAGAGGACGGCCAAGCGCCGGAAGAAGCGCGACAAGAUGAAGGAGAAGAAGCUCAUGGCGAAGAAGGCGAAGCUAGAAGGAGACAACAAGACGGAGGACGGCGCCGUUAAGAGCUCAGAGGACAGUGAAGAGGAUGAGGACAGAGAGGCUGAGGAUGAUGCUGAGGCUCCGAGCUUCAUCAUGGGGAAGAAAUAAGUGUGUCCUGCGGCUGAGGAGAUCCCAAGUGACCCAGGGAGAAGACAAAGACAGUGGUGGACCCUGCGUUACCACGGGACUGUUCGGACUGUCCACUUUAAGAGACAAGACCCCACAAUAGUCUUCAGUGUCCCAGUUUGAAAGAAAACAUGUUGAGACUCUCCUGAUUAUUUUUGUAAUCAAUCGAGUGUUAGAUCUCACAUUUUGGCUAAUUUAGUGGAUUUCAAUAAUUUGCUGAAGUAGGAUUGUUGGGACAUUUUGUAAUCUGCUAUAUUGUUUGCAGCAUUGUCAAUGUUUUUAAUAAAAAAAAAAA